AUGUAUAAAUGUUUGCAGCUGGACUACUUUCAAUGGAACUUCCUGUUCGGUUUCAUCUACAUCGCGGUGUUGUUGACUGUAGCCGUGAGCAUCGCCUACACCCUCGGUGACACUUCAGUCCGACUCUUCAGUCUUCCUCUACCGCUAUUGACUCUCCAGAUUAGCAGUCAAUUAGUAUUGGGCUCAAUCCUGGUCUGGCUCCGCGCCAAGUAUCCUUUUCGCGUUUCGUCGAUGGCAAAAGGCGCCUUGGUUCGACCAGGGGCUUACACAAUCCUUGAAGACGUGGUCGCGGUCGAUGGAGGACAGGGGCUGCAUUUCCGACAGCUUCUGGAUAAUCGCUAUCGUUCGAAUAGAGCCCUCCAAGACCUCCUACAAUGGACGGGCUGGGCCUGGGGGCUGUCCGGGCUCGGUGUCUCCGUUGUGCUCCUUGCCCUGAUUGGCAGCCUGACGAACGAAGAAAUAUCAUUUGUCCUCGGUGAGUUUUCGCAUAAUUGCCCUCGUGAGAAAGGUCCGCUGUCUCGAGACUAG